CUGUAUGUUGUCAGAAUUUAUUCUGUUCAAUCAGACUCAUUAACUAUUUAAUUUUCUAUAGAUCUGUGCCAGUUUAAUGUCUUUUAUAUCAUCAUUUUAAACUGCUUUGGAUAAAAGUGCCAGAUUUAGUAACCCAAAUUUGACAAAUAUCCGAUGACAAUUGUGCAUUGAGUUUGAAAUGUAAUAUAUAAUGAUGAAAGACUGAAAAGUGAUAGUGAUUAUGUGAAUAUGUAAUUUACAUGAACUCCCAGCAGAAGCACAUUAUUAAACAUUUAUUGUCAGGGGGAGGAGACAUUUAUGUAUAAAAAAAAUCAGCAACGCGUAUUUUUUGCCAAAGUUGGUGUCAUCCUGCUCAUUGGGAACAAUGCAAGCGCUUUGCACCGAGGACCAAAUGAGACUGGACUCACUCUGCUGGAAAUACAAAUAUUAGUUUCAAAUUGGUUGUUGCUUUGUUCUAUACAAUACAAGAAGAAAGACUUGCUGUCUCUCCAGAGUGCUUCACACAUCAUGAAUCUAACAGCAGUGAACCAAAGUGAUGUCUGUCAGGAGUAUUCGUGUCCAGAGAAAUCUGUUUCUUUAUCUGUGUAUGUGAUUCUGUAUGUGGCCGCAGCAGCUGUGUCUCUGCUGACCGUGUGUGGAAACCUGCUGGUCAUCAUCUCUGUGAGUCACUUCAAGCAGCUCCACACACCUGCUAACAUCCUCAUCGUCUCUUUGGCUGUUGCCGAUCUCCUGGUUGGAGUUUUUGUGAUGCCGUUUCACUUGUCUUGGCUCAUCGAGUCAUGCUGGAUUUCUGGACCAGUGAUAUGUUCGGUUUUCAAUUUUGUGACUUUUCAGGCGACAAGUGUGUCUGUUCACACUGUGGCUUUGAUAGCAGUUGAUCGGUUUUUGGCUCUAAAUUCUCCUUUUCUUUACUCAGAGAAAAUCUCACCCACUGUGAUCUGCAUUGCAACUUUAUUUAACUGGCUGUUUUCACUCUUUUAUAACUUCACUCUUCUUUACGUUAAUGGAAACUUCACUGAUGUCAUGUGUCCAGGAGAAUGUCUUUAUAUUGUAGAUGAGAUUUCAUCUCUCAUUGAUCUUCUGUUUGUGUUUCUUAUGCCAUGUACACUCAUUAUAAUAUUAUACACUCAUGUUUUUGUCAUUGCUAAGAGACAUGCAACUGCUAUAAGAGCGCUUCAGGUUCACAACAGCACAGAAUCCUCCAAAAACAGAGUCAGUGACAAAUCAGAGCGAAAAGCUGCAUUAGCACUUGGGAUUCUGGUCUUUGUGUUUCUUUUGUGUUUACUGCCAUAUUAUAUUUUUUCUUUAACAAAUUUCCUAAGAGAUGACUCAUUUUCUAAUGUUAUUAACAGUGUUUUGAUUCUCUUUUAUCUUAAUUCCUCUAUCAAUCCAUUAAUCUACGCUCUGUUAUACCCUUGGUUUAAGAAAAGUGUAAAGAUAAUUCUAACUCUUAAAGUAUUGAACACAAACUCCUCACUAAUGAAUGUCCUGUCCUUAAGCUCUUGAUAAGGAACAAUGUAUGUCAACAAACGUCUGUCCUCAAUUUUAUGUUUUAGUAUUUCCUUUUUCAUCAUUAUUGUGCAGUAAAAAUAUGAUUAUUCAUAUAUUUUGAUGAA